CAAGUCAAAAGAGCCUACCUCUGAUUCUCUGUGAUAUUCUGAUCCCUAGAUUUGACUCGAGUCCCUCGUUGAAUGUAAGUGUAUUGUAUUUUUUCCCAGCCAUUUCAUCAUGCAUCAGGUGAAAAUCUUAAGUCUGAUCUCUUAAUGCUAAAGUAUACUUCGGUUCUCCUCAUUGAUGCAAAUUUCAUCAUCAGCACAGUCUGCACCUGUCAUUGACCUUAAUAAAAGAGUAUCACAAGGCAGUCAUAGUGUGCAUGCGUCGAACACAUGAAAAGAGUAUACUCAAAGGCAGCGUGGUCUAUGGGACAUGAUCCGGAAUGCAGAAAAACGAAGUAUACCCUAACCGCAUGAUUCGUGUCUACAGCACAAAUGGUAGCCUACUUGUUAAGUAACAAAGUUUAAUACAGAGGGUUGGGGGUUUGUUCAAACAUGCACAUUCAGGCAUACGUGUGCUGGUUUCUGUCAGCUCGUCUCCUAAACAAAUGCAGUUGUGAUUUGUGAUGGUGUAGUAACAGGAGACUUGUAGCUGCUCUUACCUCCCGGCUGCACAUGUGUGUAGCUCAGCUCUUUCUCAGAGACUAGCUUCCCUUUGAAUCGCACAUCCACUUCCUCCUCCAGUCGCUGGUGUUUCAGCCUGUGCCGGCUGAACAGCUCACGCAGCAUCUUCUCUCUCAAGUUUGUGUCCUCUGCAGGUAGAAGCUACCGUCUGUUUGAAGCUGGUCAGAAGUUCACGAUCUUCUCAGCAUUCUCCCUGCGGAUUCAACUCCAUUCAGUAAAACAUGCAGCGAAUGGCCCUGCACUCUGAUUCCACAAACACAAGCAAGGGUGCAGGGUUCAGAUCUGUUUUGUUUUGCUAAGUUCAACCUCAAAAGCUCUAGCGGUGUGCUCUCAUCCUUCUCUCUCUAUCUCUGUCCUUCUUGCUUGUUCUCCUCCCCUUGCGCUCUCUCUCUUUUUCUGAGUGGUAUGUUCUUCUGUUCCCAGGCAGUAUUUUGUUUGGGUUUUUUCCCAGGCGCUGUACCACGCUAUGCUCCUUGUGCUGAAAAUGAACUGUGUAUGGGGGACCAGCCCCUGAUAUCUAUCUCUCUCUCUCUCUCUCUCUCUCUCUCUCUCGCUGCUCUGUUAUGGGUUCUGUUAUCUCACAGCUACUUGUGGAGGUGAAUGGAACUGGUCUUGAUUCAGCUGUCAGCACCAGAGCAGUUUGGUCCUCAAACCUCUUUAUCAUGAUGGCUAAACGUUUUGAACCAAUCACUGAAAUCUCUAGCUUUUUCCUCUGUGAUUGUUCCUUAAUGAACAAUGGCUGCUGAUCCUAUAAGCAUCUGAUGAUUUCUGGGUGCUUGGAGACUUCUGAGUUCAUAGAUUCUGGACUGGCACAGCACUUGGCUUUGUUUCUGCAUGGGGAUUUGGGAGUUUGGACUCUCUGGGAAAGGAAUGUCAAUUUUAGUGGAGUGGGUGUAUGUACAGUGGCAUUGUGUGUGCAUGUGUACACUAAGGGAGGGCUUCAGUUUCAUUGGUCAUUUUACUGCUGAUAAUGUUCCAUCUAAGUCUGAUAAUUUGCUACAUGUUGAUUUUAUUUUUUUAUGUGGGUAAUGUCUUAAAGGGAUAGUUCACCCAAAAAUGCCAUCCCAGAUGUGUAUGACUUUCGUUUUUCUACAGAACACACAAAGAAGAAUAUCUCAGCUCUGUAGUUCCAUACAAUUGUCCAUCUAUGGCAUCUGGUUCUAUGACAAGGAAGACUGUCAGCGUAUCGCAGAACUCGUGAAGAAUUUGGCUGGGCAGGAACAUCAGCUACAGCUACAGGUGCAGAUAGAGAGCAGCAGCGUCUCUCCACGAGCAGCAGAGCAGGGAGUGGAUAUUCUGCAAAUGCUUACUAAAGCACAACAAGACUUUGACAAGGGCAAACUCCGCUAUGAGCCAAAAGAGAUUGGAAGUGAUGGAGUCAUCUAUGGAAACCCCCAUCUAAUCAAACCCAUUCCCCUAAAGCUAGCACAGGACACACACAUUCAGGAACAAACACAGCAGGAUGGACAGUUUGAGUCAAAGCAUCUCUCAGUCAUCACUUUGUUUGGUGCUCAGUCAAAGCCGGACACACUCUCCCAACAGCCCAGCUUAAGUGUUAGCAGAGUGGGUCCAGCACGGCAUGCAGUUGCACACUCUUUGUCUUAUGAUGACCCGGCACCAGCAGGGGGCACUCUAGCAUCCAGCACCCCCAUGCUGCACUGUCCAGCUAUCCACAAACUCAUGUCUGGGUCACUGCUGCAGCCUGUUUCUGAAUCCCCAGAGAGUCAUCUGUGUGAAAACGGGGUAGUCCAGAACAAGCUUGACCCAAUACAGAGACUACUAAUGAACCAUUCCCUCAUGGCAGUGGCCCCGGUGCUGCCUGCCCGACAGUUAAGCCAAGGAGAAAGCAUGGUGGCGACUCAAAUCCACCCCAAGGCUAAAGCCACAGGGCCAGCCUUGCCUCAUCACCUGUUCUAUGUACCAGCAAAAGCACCCCCUACUGGUGUGGAAAGGAAAGUGGUGUCACCUCAUGAGCUCUUGCAGAGGCUCACAUUGGUGCAACAGGAACAGGAGCUACAUCCCCAUCAGGAGCUCCUACAGCCCAACCUGGACACCAGCAACUCGAGGACCAGCAAGAAUUAUCCGACACAGUGUAUCCCAGCAACUGUAGCACCCACACUCUUGCUAUCACCCAGUGUGUUCGCUCAAUCUGAAGCCACCAAAGCUGCAGCAGAACCCAAACCAGCUGAAACCAGACCACUUGGCAAGAGUCAGCUACAGGCCACACUGCUCCAUCUCAUCAGGAAUGAUGCCUCGUUCCUAAACACCAUCUAUGAAGCAUAUGUCUCCCGUCUUUCAACAGACUCCAGCUCAAAACCUUUCUGAAUCAGGAACUCCCUGAUUCACACACGCACAGCUUGCACGCCUUAAACACUUCCCAUCUCAGGACUACCCCUGCUGUUGUAAGCAUAUCGCUUGUAGCAUCUAUUAAGCCGAGUACCUCAGAAGCACAUUAACAACAGGAAUACCAAUAUGGUUCCAAAUCAAUGCAAUCUUCAGCACACUCUAAACCGAUUGAUCCGAAUGUCAAAUCAGCCUUGUAUAUUAGAUGGUUUUCACUUUUGUGAAUCUUAAGUAUUUUAAAAUGUCAUGGGAAGCAGAAUUUCAUAAUGGAUUUUACAAAAAGCUUUCAGAUAACAGUGCAGGAAAUGUGCUUUUUGUUGAAAUUUUAGUGUAGGGUUGAAUAUUGGAAAGACAUUCUCCUUUUUAUGAAGGCAUCAUUUUUACCCUAGCCAAUCUAAACAGACCCAAGUAGGAAAGGGGAUCAAAAAGUUUUACACUGCACCAUAGGUUCUUAAAUAAAAAUGACAAUUUGGAUGAUAGAAAUCACGAUAGGCUCAUAACUGCUCAACAUAACUGUCUUGGUUUCUACCAUCUUAAAGGGAUGGUUAACUCCCAAAUGAACAUUUUGCCAUAAUUUACUCAUCCUGAUGUUGUUUCAAACCUGUAUGACAUCAAUGGAACACAUAAGGAGAAUGACCCCAUUUGCUUUAAUUGCAUCUUUCUUCCAUACAAUGAAAGUGAAUGGUGUUUGAGGCUAACAUUUUGCCUAACUACUCCUUUUGUGUUUCACUCAAGAAAAUGUCUUGCAGGUUUAAAACAACAUGAGGAUUAGUAAAUAAUGGCAGAAUUUAGUUAAACUAUCACUUUAAAGAAAUAUUCUGGGUUCAAUACAAAUUAAGCUCAAAUAACAGCAUUUGUGGCAUAAUGUCGAUUACCAUAAAAAAUUAUUUUGACUUGUGGGUUCCAGUGAGUCACUUACAAUGGAAGUAAAUGGGGCCAGAUCAUAAACGUUUAUAUGUUUCAAAAGUAUAGCCGCAAGACGUAAACCAUAUGUGUGUUAACAUGAUUUUAGUGUGAUUAAAUCCUUUCUACCCUUUUAUGUGUAAAGUUGUCCAAUUUUACAACGUUGUUGCCAUGAUGACGUAAAGCUGUAUCAUAAAACCUUAAACUACGAUUUCAGUGAUUUUAGAAAAUGAUAAGAUUUGCAUAUCUGUCUUUUAAAUCAUUAAAAAAUUGGCUCCAAUUACUUUCAUUGGAAGUGUUUGUUUUUAAGAAAAGGAGAGAUGGGCCCUGGGUUGCUCAGCGAGUAAAGACGCUGACUACAACCCCUGGAGUCACUAGUUUGAAUCCAGGGCGUGCUGAGUGACUCCAGUCAGGUCUCCUAAGCAACCAAAUUGGCCCAGUUGCUAGGGAGGGUAGAGUCACAUGGGGUAACCUCCUCGUGGUCUCUAUAAUGUGGUUCGUUCUCGUGGGGCACGUGGAGAAUAGCGUGAAGCCUCCACAUGCGCUACGUCUCCGCGGUAAUGUGCUCAACAAGCCAGGUGAUGAGAUGUGCGAACUGACGGUCUCCGACACGGAGGCAACUGUCCUCUGCCACCCGGAUUGAGGUGAGUCACUACGCCACAACCAGGACUUGGAGUGCACUGGGAAUUGGGCGUUCCAAAUUGGGGAGAAAAUCCAAAAAAGAAAAGGAGCGAUGAGUCAAAACUACUUUUUGUGGUUAUUAACCUUAUGACACAAAUGCUUUUAUUUGAGCUUAACUUGAACCUGGAAUAUUCCUUUGAAAUCAGCGCUGACGCAAACAGAAACCGCCCUCAUCUUUGCACAAACCUGUAGGAAUACUUUAUUCUUUUUAUCAUAAUGUUGUAAAGGAAAAUAAAUAUGUAUUUUGUUUAAAGGAUAUACAAAAAUGUUUACAUGUGUGUGUGUGUGUGUGUGUGUGUGUGUAUAUAUAUAUAGUAUAUUCUAUUUUUCUAUGAUGUCUCUUUUGUUCUCAUAUUAACAUGCUGGCAUUUUUUUAGGUGACCCCCUUUUUUUUUUUUUUUUCUCAUGUCCUCAGUGUUUCACAUCAGUGGGUUACAUUUAAAAUAUGCUGUCAAAUUUAUUUUCUUACAUUUAUUUUUCUUAAUAAAAUAUAU